AUAGCACCGCAUUUAUAGAUACGAGUGUUGAUUAAACGUGCACGACCUGGAUUAUUCAGUAAUUUAACUGAACUAGGGAUUUUUAUAAGGAUGAAUUCGUCGAGCGAGGUUUGAAGAUGAUUAAUUAGAAGAUAGAGAUGGUGAUUAACAGCUGAGGAUUCUAAGAUAGUUGAGAAAUAAUGGCAAUGAGGAAGCGAAGUGGGUCCGGCUCCAAACGCCAACACAAAGGCAAAUUGGUGCCUAUCUACGAAAGUCUCUUUGGUGGAGAGGACCUCACACAGUCUCACCCUAAUUUCUGGAAUGAAUUGUUCCUCAUCAAACCAAUGGUACCUCAAAUCGAGAUCGAAGUUCUCCGCCUCACGAGCGAGCAGUUGCAGAUGUGCAAGUCCAACUUGAAUUCCCUGGUUUGUCAUUGCGUAGACACUCUGGUGGACGAACACCCUUUUCGAGUUGUGUACGCCCUGCAGACGCUGUCAGCAGUGAUCCAGUCAAUGUACAAAAAAGCUAGUCAACUGGACAGUGACUUCAACUUAAUUGACACCCUCUUCGACACAGCAGACCAGAGAAUGACGACUCUGAUGCACCACUGCAAUAAUUUCCUCACAGGUGAAUAUCCAGACAGUCUAAAAGCUCUGUGCCUCAAGCUCCUGCUGAUCAUCACGACUGGCAUGGACAACCUCAAUCAGAAUCCCCUCCUGGAGCACGUGAUGGUCAACGGUGUCUUCGAGCCUCUAAUACAACUCCUCCGCUCAACUGCUUCACGUAAUCGACAUGGAAACGAUGCUGUUCUACUUCUAACUCUCCUAGUCAACUACAGAAAGCACGAGAGCACGAAUCCACACAUUGUCAAGCUGUCAAUCCUCGAUGAUGAGCUGGCGCUUAAUGGAUAUGGACAAGUCAUAUCCAGUUCACUUACUGACUUUUGCAGGCUGUUCGUUCAGCAGAAAGCAGAAGUACAAACUUCGUGGCUGUCUUCUCUCACCAGCAUGGUGGGGAGCAUGUUUAUAGGUGAAGAAGAAGCCAACAAUCAGCAGGUGCGGGCCAACAACGCGUUGCUGUUAGCCCUGUACGAGGCGACACACCUGAACCGAAAUUUCGUAACAACCCUGGCAUUCACUCAGAGUGACACAUCAGCUCCGCCCUCUCCUAACAACACCCUGGGCCCAAAUGCCACUGCUCCAACUCAACCCCCAGACAUCAUAACACAGCCCUUCAAUCUCCUGGCGACGUUCCUGCAGUACUGCUCAAUAGUGAUGCAGGUGAUCAGAACCGAAGCGAUUCUGAACAACGUAAAGCUGUGCUUCCUCAUCCUGAGUUGCAUCGCUGAGGACCAAUACGCCAAUUCAUUGAUGCACGAUGCAAAUCUAGCCUUUAGAGUUCAGCUGCACCGAGUGCCAAUGCACCACAGAAAGAUCCACGACAAGGCAGCACCAACCCAGCCCCUGGCAGCAACUCUGCUAGAUCUCCUCGUCGAAUUCAUCACUUCACACAUGAUGAAGAAAUUCCCCCUCGAGCUGUACCACCAAUGCAUUGGUGUCCUCCAGAGACUCCUCUGCUACCAAAAAAGAUGUGGAGUGAGGCUGGGAUACCACUGGAAAGACCUGUGGACAGCUCUUUUCAAUCUUCUGAAAUUUCUGACGACCCACGAGGCCCAUCUCGUCAAGAAGAUGAACGUCUUCCCCCUGGCCAUCCAAGUCGUCAACAUUCUCAACCUAUUCAUUACCUAUGGGGACACCUUUCUCUCCCUCCCCAGCAGUUACGAUGAACUCUUCUACGAGAUCAUCAGGAUGAGACUGAUAUUCACUAAUCUCAACGCCAUGGCCCUCCGUUACUCGACGAUGGACGCUUACGAGUACAAGGAGCAUGCCCUCAAGCUCAUGAAUUGCCUCGUCAACAUGAGAGACAUUGUCAACCAUUUUCCACCAAAAAUCGCUGCGUGGCUUGCUGCUGAGAGCCUCUCUACACCCACUGAACAGCAGAUCAUGGCCAUCAUCAUCCAGAAUUACGAUACCCUAGGGCUCAAGCUCCAGGACAACCUCGAUCAGUACGAGCGGUACUCCGAGAAACCCAACCACAUGGACUUCUUCGAGGAGAUGGUGACUGGAGUAAUAAUUGACACACGUGCCUCGAUAGACCUGAAUGCUCUGGACACUCAGGAAAUCCUGCAGGAGCUCUCCAACAUCUCGUAGUUCAACACCCCAUGCUCAUCGCCAUGGAGAUCAGACGAAAGUUUCCAAAAUGAAGUCAAGUAAAAACGCCUUCAACGUUUCCAAAAAAUAUAUGUAUAUUAUUCAAGGAUAUUUAAAAAGAAGAGUGUUCAUCGGGGAAUGUGAUGAACUGAUGAAUGAUAUUUUUUAACGAGUGUUCUGCCUAAAAAUAAACGCCUUUUGAAAAAAAAAACGAUCGAACCAGGUUUCAUUUUUACCAGCAAUUGGUGGAAAAAGUGAUUGACUUGGAGAGUAAUAUAUUUAACGUUGUGUGCACAUCUGCCAUUAAAUU